GGCUGCUGCAGCAGCACCAAGCGCUGAGUGCCACGCCCGCAGACCGUCCACACGAGCGUAUUGAUAGGAAUCAAUCAUAACUGAAACAGCACCAACGCCGUCGAAGCGUUGAAGCCAAAAGCACAACACACACUGUGCACAAAACACAGAGAGAGAGCAGCCUGCAGCCUCCUCCAGCACAGCGGCGCGAUCGACGAAACGCGUGAUAAAAAAUGAAACUCGUAGCGCUCGCAGUAGCAGCGACCGCCCUGCGGCCACUCAGCACGCGCCUGCACGCCAAAAGAAGCGAGGACGACAUCGGCAAGCAGGCGAAGGGCUUUUACAUACGACCGAGCGCGGCCAUCGAGCGGGGCGGCGGCUUCUUCAUUCCCGGCCUCGAGGGCGCGAAGCUGCGCAUCGCGCUGGGGGGCGGGUUGCUCGUGCUCUCGGGCCUCUCGAUCGCGACCUCCGGAGACGCGCCGCUGGCCGUGCGCGUGUCCGAGUGCGUCGCGGCCUUCGCGAGCGCGGGCGUCGUUUUGCCGUAUGUGCUGCCCGCCAGCAAGGCGGAGGACGAGCUUUCGGCCUACCGCGGCGGCGCGCCCGUCGUCGCCGAAGGCGCGCCGGCCGACGCGGCGUGGGCCUGCGGCGCCGUGCGCGCGGCCUUUCCCGACGCGGCCUUCGUCGCGUUGGUUGAUGGUGACGGGAGAGUCCUGUGUGCGGAGCGCACGCCGCCCUCAUCUAGUUUCGGACGCAUAGCCGGCGACACGGUGCGGCGGCGGGACGCGCCGGACCUCUUCGACGCGCUUGGUGGUGCCGAUACGGCCGCGGCCGUCGCAUCGAACGACCUGGUCUGGCUCGUCGCGUCGGACGAGCUCCGGGACGACGACCGCGCGUGGGUCGCGGCCUUGUUGGAGAGCUAGUAUAAACAUGGGAUUUAUCCGGG